GCGGAUUUUGAAUGUCUGUUAAAACCUAUAGAAGAUCCUAAUAGAAAUCUCAAUGUUAAGAGACAUAAUUUCCAAGAACAUGAAGCCUAUAGCAUUGGAUUAUAUAUAAAAUGCCGUUAUGAUGAUAGUAAGUCGAUAUAUAAGUCAUAUAGAAAAAAAUUAAAUGAAGACGAAUCACCAGCAUCAUGGUUUAUAAAGCAAUUGAAGUCCCUAGUGAUUGAGUUAGAAAAGAUAUAUAAUAAUGCAAUAAAAAUGGAUUUAUCAUUUAUUAAUGAACGGACAUUCCAAACGGCAAGAAGAUGUCAUAUUUGCAACCAAUAUUUUCAAGAUAACCAAAAACGAGUUCGUGAUCAUUGUCAUUUAACAGGAAAAUUUAGAGGUGCAGCUCACAAUCAUUGCAAUUUGAAUUAUAAAAAUGCUGCUUUCAUACCAGUCGUAUUUCAUAACUUUACAGGCUAUGACUCACAUUUUAUUAUAACAGAAAUUGCUACUAACUCAGAAUUUGAAGGAAAGAUCUCUGUUCUCGCUGAAAACAAGGAGCGAUACAUAUCCUUCACAAAAGAAGUUGCAAACAGUCGAAUUAGCUUUCGUUUCAUUGAUUCCUUUCGAUUUAUGCCUACAUCUCUAGAUAAAUUAGCAUAUUAUUUACCUCAGCUAGAUAUUGUACAGAGAGAAUUUCAGAAAGAUAAUUAUACUUUAGAAGAGAUUAAUUUACUCAAAAGAAAAGGAGUUUUCCCAUAUGAAUACAUAGAAAAUUUAGAUAGACUAACUGAGACAGAGUUACCAUCUAUUGAAAAAUUUCAUAGUCAAUUGACAGAUAGUGAUAUUCCUACUGAAGAAUAUAAGCAUGCUCAAAACGUAUGGAAUAUUUUCGGUAGUAUUUGGAAGAAAAUAGAUUUAGGAAUGUAUUCUGAUCUCUAUCUGAAAACUGAUGUACUUUUACUAGCUGAUAUUUUUGAGAAUUUUCGAUCAACCUGUAAGAAUGCAUAUGAUCUCGAUCCUGCUCAUUAUUACACUACUCCUGGAUUAACAUGGGACGCGAUGUUAAAAUAUACAAAUAUGAAGCUUGAACUAUUAACAGAUAUAGAUAUGGUUUUAUUCAUUCAAAAAGGUAUUCGUGGAGGUAUUAGUCAAUGCUGCAAUAGAUUUUCAAAAGCAAACAAUAAAUAUAUGGGUGAAGAAUUCAAUAAGGAUGAGCCAAACAAAUUUUUAAUGUAUUAUGACGUAAACAACCUUUAUGGUUGGGCUAUGACUCAAUCACUACCAUUUGAGGGCUUCAAAUGGGUUUCAAAUGUGGAUAUGUCAAAUUUUUUCAAUAUCUCUGAUGAUAGCGACGUAGGCUAUAUUUUAGAAGUAGAUCUAGAGUAUCCACAAGAGCUGCAUGAUGAACAUAAAGACCUACCUCUUUGUCCUGAACAUACUAAACCACCCGGAUCAAAACAGAAAAAACUUUUGACAACGCUUUAUGAUAAAGAACGAUACGUUAUUCAUUAUAGAGCGUUAAAACAAGCUCUCAAAUAUGGACUAAAACUCAAAAAGAUAUAUAGAGCGCUAGAAUUCAAACAAAAACAAUGGCUGAAACCAUAUGUUGAUUUAAAUACUGAAAAAAGAAAGCAAGCUAAAAAUGAGUUUGAAAAAUUAUUUUACAAGCUUAUGAUUAAUGCAGUAUAUGGAAAAACAAUGGAAGACGAAAGAAAACGAAAAGAUGUCAAACUGAUCAAUCAAUGGGGUGGUAGAUAUGGCGCUGAAGCUCGAAUUGCCCAACCAAAUUUCCAUAGUAGUUCCAUCUUUCAUGAAAAUUUAGCUGCUAUUCAAUUAUCUCAGACAACUAUCAGUAUUAAAAAACCUAUAUACAUCGGUCUAUGUGUAUUAGAUCUUUCAAAAACAUUAGUCUAUGACUUUCAUUAUGGUUACAUGAAGCAACGUAUUGGUGAAAAAUGUAAAUUACUUUAUACUGAUACUGACAGCCUUAUUUAUGAAAUUCAAGAUGUCGAUAUGUAUGAGAUCAUGAAAGUAGACAUUGAUAAAUUUGACACAUCGGACUAUCCUGCUGAUAAUCAAUUUGGAAUGCCUCUAGCUAACAAAAAAGUUCUUGGUGUUAUGAAGGAUGAGUGCAAUGCUGCUAUUAUGAGGGAGUACAUUGGGUUACGAAGUAAACUAUACAGUAUUGAAAUAAUAAAUAAGGAUCCCUUAAAAAAGGCAAAAGGAGUGAAAAAACAUACAGUAAAAAAUACAAUAACUCAUUCAGAUUAUCGAAGGUGUUUAAACGAAAUGGAAAUUAUUAAACGUACUCAAUGUAAUAUUCGAUCUAAAUUACAUCAAGUAUUAACAGAGAGAGAGGAAAAGACAGCACUAAGCCCUCAUGAUGAUAAACGAUGUAUUUUUUAUAAUAAUCCGGACACACUUCCGUGGGGGCAUUAUAAAACUCUCGAAAUUGCCGAAAUGAAAGAAAGAGUUGAACAAUUACGAAGAAAGAGGUAUAGAGAAGAAGACGAAGUGAUAGAACAAAAUAGUAAUAUGAAAAGAUUCAGAUUUGAAGAAAAUAAUUCUAGAGGGCAGCACUAGCGAAAGAAUUCUACUCCUUCGACAGUUACUAGAUGGCGCUGAUGACUUGUAAUGGAGAGGGAGAAACAAUGGAUAUCCGAGUCUACAGAGUGGGAGAAUGGUUUUAGAUGAAGAAUCAUGAGAGAGGGGAGACUGAAAGAGAGGGAAGCGGCGACGGCGGCUUGAGCUUUAAGAGUGGGGAUGCCACUUAUAAAACUAAGAGCUCACUCUUGUUCCAAACAGUUGCUCAGCUCUCACUCAAGCAACAGUCUUACCUCUAAUACGUCUUCCACUAACUAUUGAAACAAAAUGGAUUUCUCAGCAAUAAAUAAAAUUUCGAAGACGACUUUCCUUCCUCGGAAGGCGAUGUCCCAAUUAACAUCAAACACGUUAUACCAAGUAACAAAAGUUAGAUCAUUAACAACAAAAUAUGGAUUCAGCGUUGUUAUUACAGUUGACGACGAAUUUGAUGUGUUCCUGCCUAAAAGGGUUAACCUUGUACUCGAAAAAGAUGAAGAAAUGUUGAACAAUCUACAUCAGACUAGUGAGAAGGAUGAAUUAUUUAUUUACCAUAUUGUCGGUUCAA